AUGGAGGUGAGUUUUACCCUGACUAGCCCAGAUGACGCCUUUGUGAAUUCGUAUAACCAGGUUUUCGCACCUUCAAACUCGUCGACCGCGGCGGCGGUUACAUUCAUCACCUUCGUUCAGGACCUAAAGAAGAAAACGAAAGCAUGGGGCCCUAUGAUCGAACUGUGUGCGAACGGAGAGAAGACGUUGGAACGGUUCAGGUACCAAUUCCCUGAAGAUUGGCUUUACAGUGAUCAACUUCGGGGAGAAUGGAGUGCCUACAACGAAAUUUUGAAGAGAAAGAAUGACUCGAUACAGGAGCAGCUUGCUGGUCUUCAACUCAAAAUAGUUGCAGAGGACAAGAUCGUAGAAAAUAAAAUCAACGAAAUCCUUCAUGAAUGGGAACAGACGAGACCCGUUCAGGGGAACAUGCGCGCCGACACAGCAAUGAACACUAUCAACGUUUUUGAAGGAAAGCUUAACAGAGUGCAAGAGGAGUACGAUCUUGUCUGUCGCGCAAAGGAAGCCCUUGACUUAGAGUUAACGCGUCAUACACGUCUCGACCCAGUCUUCGAGGAGUUGCGCGACUUGAAAGCAGUUUGGACGGCUCUAUCGGGGAUCUGGAGCCAAAUAAGUGAAUUGCGCGACCAAAUGUGGAAUACUGUUCAACCGAGGAAACUGAGGCAACAUAUCGAUGGGCUUUUGUCUUCAACAAAAGAUAUGCCUACUAGAAUGCGUCAAUACGCUGCUUUCGAAUACGUGCAAGACAUUCUACGUGGCCUCCUUAAGUCUAACACACUCGUCUCCGAAUUGAAGUCGGAAGCGCUGAAAGAUCGUCAUUGGAAGCAAUUAUUCAAGAAUCUUAGGCUUCCCUCCCAAAUUACCCUUGCUUACAUGACCCUUGGACAUGUGUACGACCUGGAUCUCAAGAAGAACGAAUCUUUAAUCAAGGAAGUUAUCAUACAAGCGCAAGGAGAGAUGGCCCUCGAAGAAUACAUCAAGCAAGUGAAAGAAACGUGGACCAACUACACGCUGGAUCUAGUCAAUUAUCAAAAUAAAUGUCGCCUUAUAAGAGGAUGGGAUGAUCUUUUUAACAAAUGCAGCGAAAAUUUAAACUCGCUUACUGCCAUGAAGUUAUCACCUUACUAUAAAGUUUUUGAGGAAGAGGCAAGUUCAUGGGAAGAAAAACUCAACAGAAUUCAUGUUCUAUUCGAUGUUUGGAUCGACGUCCAACGCCAAUGGGUAUACCUGGAGGGGAUUUUCUCCGGCAGCGCUGACAUCAAGCACCUACUUCCUGUGGAGAGUUCUCGUUUCCAAAACAUUAACUCGGAAUUCCUGACAGUCAUGAAGAGAGUUUACAAGUCUCCAUUCAUUUUGGACGUUCUAAACAUUCAAGGAGUUCAAAAGAGCUUGGAGCGUCUCGCCGAACUCCUAAACAAGAUCCAGAAGGCCUUGGGUGAAUAUCUCGAGAGGGAACGUUCAUCGUUCCCUCGCUUCUACUUCGUGGGUGACGAAGAUCUCCUUGAGAUCAUCGGAAACAGCAAGGAUAUCCUUCGAAUUAUGAAACAUCUUAAGAAGAUGUUUGCCGGUAUCUCCACAGUUAAGCUUGACGAUGACCUCACUCAGAUACAAGGAAUGGCGUCCAGAGAAGGGGAAGAAGUACCUUUCAGUGAUCCUAUACUGCUCAAAGAUUAUCCGAAAAUCAACGAUUGGCUUGCUAGAAUCGAGACCAUGAUGCGUCUUUCUUUAGCCGAUUUAUUGACAGCAGCAGUAACGGAACUUCAGUCUUUCUACGGCAAAGGGACUUUGGAAGGCGCUCAGCUAGUGUCGUGGAUGGAAAAAUACCCUGCACAACUGGUGACUCUUGCCAUUCAGAUUGCUUGGACUUUUUCUGUCGAAUCAUCUUUGGAAUAUAGAGAAGCACCCCAGUCUUCACUUGAAGUAAUCCAUCAAGCCCUCGAUCUCUUGGCAGAUAUUGUACUUCAGGAGCUCACUCCAGUCACUCGACGCAAAUGCGAGCAUUUGAUCACAGAAUUGGUGCAUCAGCGAGAUGUUGUUCGUUCGCUUAUUCAAAAAGGCGUUAACGAUCCAAAGAGUUUCGAUUGGCUUUAUCAAAUGCGAUUCUAUCUUGACAAGGCUAUCGAGAACCCAUUGGAUCGUCUCGUCAUUCGAACAUCUGAUGCAAACUUCCCGUAUGGAUGGGAAUAUCUUGGAGUCCCGGAUCGUUUAGUUCAGACACCGUUGACGGACAGAGUAUACCUGACUCUUACCCAAGCCCUCGACAAUCAGCUAGGAGGAUCACCCUUUGGGCCUGCCGGAACUGGUAAAACGGAGUCUGUGAAGGCAUUGGGAGUCCAGUUAGGCCGCUUUGUACUCGUUUUUUGUUGUGAUGAAACGUUCGAUUUCCAAGCGAUGGGUCGUAUUUUUGUUGGUUUGUGUCAAGUGGGGGCGUGGGGUUGUUUCGACGAAUUCAAUCGACUUGAAGAACGCAUUCUUAGUGCCGUAUCACAACAAGUACAGGCAAUCCAACAAGGUCUCAGCUCCCUUGCUAAAAACCCCAAUACUGAAAUUGAAUUGGUUGGCAAAAGCUUGAAAAUUAACAAGAACAUCGGUAUCUUCAUCACAACCAAUCCUAACUAUGCCGGUCGGUCGCAACUGCCACCAAAUCUGACUAAGCUUUUCAGACCGAUGGCCAUGACACGCCCUGAUCGAGAGCUUAUUGCUCAAGUCAUGCUUUUUUCUCAAGGUUUCCGAACGGCAGAAUCCCUUGCAUCGAAAAUUGUACCAUUUUUCAAUCUUUGUGAUGAACAACUCUCCCCUCAGCCACAUUACGACUUCGGUCUACGUGCAUUAAAAGCCGUGCUUGCCAGCGCGGGUAUACUCAAGCGAGAGAGGUUGCAAAAUUCUCGCGUUGGAGAUGAAGGUGAUCACGGUGGGGUGGACCUAUCCGAUAACAUAUCCGAACAAAUCAUUCUCAUUCAGAGUGUCACUGAGACCAUCGUACCAAAGUUGGUGGCAGAUGACGUCCCUCUCUUGACCAACCUACUCGCUGAUGUUUUUCCUGGCGUUGACUAUCUUCCCGUCGACCUCGAGGCAUUGCGUCAACACAUCGUCCAAGUUUGCUCUGAAAGGCGCUUAGUGGACGGAGAACGUUGGGUUGCUAAAAUUUUACAGUUGUAUCAAAUUCAGAAAAUCCAACAUGGGUUAAUGAUGGUCGGACCAUCAGGCACUGGCAAGACUAAUGCAUGGCAAGUUCUACUAGCCGCGCUUGAACGAUAUGACGGCAUAGAGGGUGUUUCCUACGUCAUCGACCCUAAAGCUAUGCAUAAAGAUGCCCUGUACGGUACAUUGGACCAAACAACUCGAGAAUGGAAUGACGGUCUCUUCACCCAUGUAUUGCGUAAAAUUGUUGAUGAUGUCCGCGGAGAGAGUGCCAAGAGACAUUGGAUUAUUUUUGACGGCGACGUAGACCCUGAAUGGGUUGAAAAUUUAAACAGUGUGUUGGAUGAUAACAAGCUUCUCACAUUGCCUAAUGGAGAGCGCCUCAAUCUGCCUUCGAAUGUGCGCAUUAUGUUUGAGGUCGAGCACUUGAAAUACGCGACACUUGCCACUGUCAGUCGAUGCGGUAUGAUCUGGUUCAGUGAGGAUGUUAUUGAUCCGCAAAUGGUCUAUCGUAACUAUCUCAAUACCCUUUCAUCCGUUACUCUGGACGCAGACGAUGAAGAUAGUGGGGACGUCCUGGGUCGCCGAGCGGACACCGCAGUAGAUUCGUCAACCAACAUUGAGACCCAAAGGCAGAUAGCAUCUAUGUUGGAACGCUAUUUCGCUGAAGGAGAUCUCGUUAGCACCGCACUGACUUUCGCUGAGUCCAUUGAACACAUAAUGGACUUCACUAUCACAAGGGCCCUUAACACGCUUUUUUCACUCAUCAACAAGACUGUUCGCAAUGUUAUCGAAUAUAAUAUCCAGCAUUCGGACUUCCCUUUGACCCAAGAGCGGGUGGAACAGUAUGUAACUAAACGCCUUCUUGUCAGCAUCAUCUGGGCAUUCUCUGGUGAUGCCAAACUAGAUUUGCGGGCAAAUAUGGGCGAAUUCUUGCGCAAGCAAACCGGAAUUGAUCUUCCUCCACUAGUUCCCGGAAGCUCGUUGAUUGAUUUUGAUGUGCAGGUGUCAACCGGUGAAUGGAUCGCUUGGCAAUCCAGAGUGCCCGUCAUUGAGAUAGAGGCACACGCUGUCACGGCCUCCGACGUAGUUGUGCCUACUAUGGAUACAGUGCGGCAUGAAGAGGUUCUUUAUUCAUGGCUUUCGGAACACAAACCUCUCUUAUUAUGUGGACCACCUGGAUCAGGUAAAACCAUGACCUUAUUUAGCGCUCUCCGUAAAUUGCCGGAUAUGGAAGUUGUUGGCCUCAAUUUUUCCAGUGCUACCACACCCGAAUUAAUCCUGAAAACUUUCGAGCAAUACUGCGAAUAUCGGAAAACACCUAACGGUGUUGUCCUCGCCCCCAUUCAAAUCGGCCGUUGGCUUGUUGUUUUCUGCGAUGAAAUCAAUCUACCCGCUGCUGACAAGUAUGGUACUCAACGUGUCAUUUCUUUUCUUCGUCAAUUGGUAGAAAGCGGGGGUUACUGGCGUGCCAGCGACAUGGCUUGGGUCAAACUUGAACGUAUACAAUUUGUUGGUGCUUGCAACCCCCCAACGGACCCUGGUCGUGUCCCUCUCAGCCAUCGGUUCUUGCGCCAUGCACCAUUGGUCAUGGUAGAUUACCCUGGAGAAAUUUCUCUCAAACAGAUUUACGGAACAUACAAUAGGGCUUUGCUCAAGGUUGUUCCAAAUCUUCGCGCAUAUGCUGAACCUCUUACAGAGGCCAUGGUGGCAUUCUAUCUCGCUUCACAAAAGCGGUUUACCACUGACAUUCAAGCCCAUUAUGUAUACAGUCCUCGUGAAUUGACGCGUUGGGUGAGGGGUAUAUAUGAAGCUAUUCGGCCCCUCGAAAUUCUAUCUGUGGAAGGACUUGUCCGAGUCUGGGCUCACGAAGCACUUCGUCUAUUCCAAGAUCGUCUUGUUACAGAAGAAGAAAGAAUCUGGACGGAUGACCACAUUGACUCGGCCGCAAUGGAACAUUUCCCAACAAUCAACCGUGACGAGGCGCUGGGUCGGCCAAUUCUGUACUCGAAUUGGACAUCAAAGAAUUACAUUCCAGUCGAUCGAGAGACACUACGAGAAUAUACUAAAGCUCGGCUUCGUGUUUUCUACGAGGAGGAGCUUGACGUUCCCCUUGUUCUUUUCAACGACGUUCUUGAUCAUGUUCUUCGUAUUGAUCGUGUGUUUCGUCAAGUUCAGGGACACCUCCUUCUCAUUGGAGUUAGUGGCAGCGGCAAGACAACCCUUUCCAGAUUUGUCGCUUGGAUGAAUGGUCUUAGCAUCUUCCAAAUCAAAGUUUCUAACAAAUACACAGGAGAGGACUUCGAUGAAGAUUUGCGGACUGUUCUCCGUCGUGCUGGUUGCAAGGGGGAGAAGAUUUGCUUCAUCAUGGAUGAAUCUAAUGUUCUCGACUCUGGCUUCUUAGAAAGAAUGAAUACACUCUUAGCUAACGCUGAGGUUCCUGGUCUGUUUGAAGGGGAUGAACACGCUGCUUUAAUGACAGCGUGUAAAGAAGGUUCUCAACGCGACGGGUUGAUGCUGGAUUCACCUGAAGAACUCUACCGGUGGUUUACGACACAAGUAGCAAAAAAUCUUCAUGUCGUAUUCACGAUGAACCCUCCCGAAAAUGGGCUUGCUUCCAGGGCUGCUACAUCCCCUGCUUUAUUCAAUCGUUGUGUACUUGAUUGGUUUGGAGACUGGUCGGAUCAGGCGUUUUACCAAGUUGGCAUGGAAUUCACCCAUACACUGGACCUUGACCUACAAUCUUAUAUCCCACCUGCGCAUUUCCCUAUUGCCUACAGAAGCCUGUCACUUCCCCCUCUCCAUCGCACGGCUGUUAUAAACGCUCUUGUUCAUGUACAUUUGUCCAUGCAUCAAAUCAACCAACGUCUGAGCCGAAGACAAGGACGCUACAAUUAUGUGACCCCUCGGCAUUAUCUCGAUUUUAUCAAUCAUUAUGUUCGUCUUUACACGGAGAAACGCGACGAACUGGAAGAGCAACAAAGACAUUUGCACGUUGGUCUCGACAAGCUAAAGGAUACUGUUACGCAGGUGGAGGAACUACGAAAAAGUUUGGCCAUUAAGCGCUCGCAGCUGGAAGCAAAGAACGCGGAAGCGAACGAAAAACUGAAGCGUAUGGUGGCCGAUCAACAAGAGGCUGAGCAAAAGAAAGCUGCUUCGAUUCAAAUACAAGCUGAAUUGGCUGAACAAGAUCGUCACAUUGAAGAACGGCGUUCCAUUGUCAUGGCCGACCUUGCAGACGCUGAACCAGCAGUGUUAGAUGCUCAGGCCGCGGUUAGCAACAUCAAGAAGCAGCAUCUGCAAGAAGUUCGUACUAUGGCCAAUCCCCCAGAGGCCGUUAAAUUGGCCAUGGAAUCAGUCUGCACCAUUCUUGGACACAAGAUCGACAGUUGGCGUACUGUUCAAGGUAUAAUUCGUCGCGAUGAUUUCAUUCAACGCAUCGUCAACUUCGACACUACUACCCAAAUGACGAAAAGUCUACGCGAUACCAUGAAGAAAGAAUUCCUUAGCCGUCCUUCAUAUAACUUUGAGACCGUACAACGAGCUAGUAGAGCCUGUGGUCCAUUGGUCAAAUGGGCAUUGGCUCAAGUACGGUUUUCCGAAAUCCUGGACAAAGUCGAACCUCUACGAAACGAAGUACAAUCGCUUGAAACCCAGGCAGAGACCACCAAGAAACAAGCUCUCGCUAUGGUCCAAAUGAUUGCCAAUCUCGAAUCCAAAAUUGCACAGUAUAAGGAAGAGUACGCUCGACUGAUAAGCGAGACUCAAGCUAUUAAGUCGGAAAUGGAACGUGUGCAAGGGAAAGUUGAUCGCAGUAUGAAACUGCUCGACAGUUUAUCGUCAGAACGAACGCGUUGGGAGUCAGGAAGCCGGACUUUUGAGGCGGAAAUGAGUACAAUUGUUGGCGACGUUCUUCUGUCGGCAGCAUUCUUGGCGUACGGUGGCUUUUUUGAUCAACAAUAUCGUGAGGGUAUGUGGCAAGAAUGGUCAAGCCAUCUUGCGGAAGCCAACAUCAAAUUCAAACCCGAGCUCUCCUUCACCGAAUAUCUUUCCACCGCUGACGAUCGUCUUAGCUGGCAAUCAAAAUCCCUACCUUCUGAUAACCUUACCACUGAGAAUGCCAUCAUGCUCAAACGCUUUAAUCGAUACCCACUCAUUAUCGACCCCACUGGUCAAGCAACUACAUUCCUGCUCAACGAAUACAAAGAACGCAAAAUUACCGUAACGAGCUUCCUGGACGAGUCUUUCCUCAAAGUUUUGGAAAGUGCCUUACGGUUUGGAAACCCCCUUCUCAUCCAGGAUGUCGAACAUUUGGACCCUAUUCUCAAUGCAGUUCUCAACAAGGAGAUCAGAAGAACCGGUGGUCGUGUAUUAAUUCGUCUAGGAAGUCAGGACAUCGAUUUCUCGCCAUCGUUCACAAUGUUUUUGUCUACUCGAGAUCCCUCCGUUGAAUUCUCCCCGGAUAUAUGCAGUCGGGUCACAUUUGUGAACUUUACCAUGACGCGAAGCAGUCUACAGAGCCAAUCUCUUGAUCAAGUUCUGAAAGUCGAAAGGCCCGAUACUGAGAGAAAGAGAACAGACCUCAUGAAGGUCCAAGGGGAAUUCCGCCUUCGACUUCGAACUCUGGAGAAACUUUUGCUUCAAGCCCUUAAUGAAUCUUCUGGAAAUAUUUUAGACGACGACAAAGUCAUUGACACUUUGGAGACACUCAAACGAGAAGCUGCAGAGAUUACACAAAAAGUUGAGGAAACGGACCUUGUCAUGCGAGAAGUGGAACAAGUAACGGCCGAAUACCUGCCCCUUGCUCAAGCAUGUAGCUCAGUGUUCUUCGUGCUUGAACAAUUGAACUUGGUCAACCAUUUCUAUCAAUUUUCUCUGCGUUUUUUCCUUGACAUCUUUGACUAUGUUCUCCAUCAUAAUCCUAAUUUGCAGAAUGUGUCUGACUAUGGUCUUCGGCGCGACAUUCUACUCAAGGAUCUUUUCCUGGUGGUGUACAAGAGAACUUCACGGGCUCUCCUCUACCGCGACCAUUUGAUGCUUGCUGUCCUUUUGGCCCAAGUUAAACUUCGAGGAGUUGAAGAUAUAGGAGAUGAGUUAGAAUUCCUACUAGAAAGUGGGGAUGGAGUUGCUACGACAACUCAGGGCCAAGAUCACCACCUUCUGUCACCCGAUCAAGUUCGUCGUAUGCAGAAUUUCGCUAAACAAGCCUUGUUUAAACCGGUCGAGGCGCAUCUUGCUAAUCAUGAAGCUGAAUGGGCUCAAUUCCUUGCAUCUAGCACGCCUGAAACUUCAGUACCUAUGCCCUGGGACCCUAGUGCUCCGGCUACCGAAGCUAUUCGAGCACUUCUUGUUGUUAAAUGCUUUAGGCCAGAUCGAUUGCUUCAGUCCACUGCGCUAUUCGUUCGGGCAGUCUUUGACACAGAUAUUUCAUCCGAGGCUACAUAUGAUCUUAAUGCUUUAGUCUCCGAUGAAGUCGUUGCCUCGACCCCAGUUGCUUUGAUUUCUGUACCAGGAUAUGACGCCAGCUAUCGUGUGGAAAACCUCAUCAAAAACACUGGAACACGUUCGACAUCUGUGGCAAUGGGAUCGCAGGAAGGUUUCACAUUGGCAGACCAAGCAAUCGCUGCAGCUGCCCGACAAGGUACAUGGGUGCUCUUGAAGAAUGUACAUCUUGCACCUUCAUGGCUAGGUCAACUAGAAAAGAAAAUGCAAACCCUCAAUCCUCACCGUAGUUUCAGACUCUUUUUGACAAUGGAAGCAAACCCUUCCAUUCCUGUAAACAUUCUUCGUCAAUCACGUUUGCUCAUGAAUGAGCCACCUCCAGGCGUUAAAGCGAAUCUAGUUGAUUCUUUGCAGAGCAUCUCCCCACAACGACUUAACCAGGGACCAACAGAAAAAGUGCGCCUUUAUUUCCUAUUGGCAUGGUUCCAUGCAGUCGUUCAGGAGCGUCUGCGCUAUGUACCUCUUGGUUGGAGUAAAUCAUACGACUUCAACGAUUCUGACAUGGCGUCAGCUUUCGGUACUAUUGACAAUUGGUUGAACUCUGUUUCAAGAGGACGUGCCAAUGUGGACCCGGCAAGUAUUCCAUGGGACGCUCUCCGGACUCUGAUAAAGCAAUCAGUGUAUGGUGGCAGAGUGGACAGUGAUUUUGACCAGAGAAUCCUGGAUUCAUUUGUUGAUAAUCUAUUCACGCCAAAAGCCUACAAUGUUGAUUUUGACCUAGUACCAAGUGUUACAGGGAACCGUGUACUAUCAGCACCAGAGGGCACGAAGAUCGAACAUUUCUUGACAUGGGUACAAGCUUUACCAGAUCGUGAACCACCAUCAUGGUUGAGUCUUCCGCCUACAGCAGAGCGUGUCAUUGCCAUUGCCCAGGGUAAUGAACUCCUGGGUAAGCUGAGAAAAAUGAAAAUGUUGGCCGACGACGACGACGAAUUGGUUACUGCAGCUGCCAAAUCCCAAACAUCACAACCUGCAUGGAUGAGAACAUUGCUUGAACGAUGCCGAGAAUGGCUUGGACAACUCCCAGCUCAAUUCAAUAUUCUGCCAAAGCAGUCAGGUGAACAUCAAGAUCCUUUGUAUCGCCUUUUUGCAAGAGAAGGAGAUAUUGGUCGCAAGCUCUUGGGUAGUGUAAGAAAAGAUCUGGACAAUGUUGUUAAAGUGUGCCUAGGGGAACUUAAACAGACGAACCAUCUGAGAACUCUUAUGAGUUCUCUGACCAAAGGUUCAAUUCCAGAACAUUGGCGCCGCUACAAAGUUAAUAAGUCAAUGGCGGUUUCUGCCUGGAUAGCUGAUUUUGCUAGACGUCUGGCUCAACUCGACAAUAUUGCAACUCUGGACAACUUAAGCAAUACAGAAGUCUGGCUAGGGGGCCUGUUCUUCCCAGAAGCUUAUAUCACUGCCACUCGCCAAGCCGUUGCUCAUCGCAAAAAAUGGAGUUUGGAGACACUUCAUUUGCGACUUGAUAUUGAACGCGUCAAUGAUCCUAAUGCUUUUGUUGUUGAUGGUUUAGUCCUUGAAGGCGCUGCGUGGUCAAGCGAUCAUUUGGUAUUGAAUGACGGCGAAGCUGUUCGUCUGAGCUCUUCGCAGAUUAGAUGGGUUCAGAUGGAUGAGAAUCCGUCACAAGGCUUGGUUAAUUUGCCAGUUUACCUCAACAAUGAUCGCAGUGAUGUUCUGUUCACGGUCGAUUUGCCAUUCGAUGCUAUGGCAGGGUCACUGGUGGCCACUCGUGCAGUGUGCUUGACGGCUGGAGGUUAG